AUGACCAACUCGCUGGAGUCUUCACGACCCAUGCUGGCCAGCUCGGCCGGCAACCGCGCCUCCACCCGCAUGUCCACCUACAGCGCCACGCCCACCCUCACACCCUCCAUCGCGCCCUCGCACCUCUCCGAUGCUUCGGCGGCCGACCCCAAGUCCCAGGACAUCAAGACGUGGAACGCCGGCUUCGAGCGCCUCGAGGACAAGCGCCUCGUCCAGCAGCGCUACAUCCCCAGCGACAACAAGACGGCCGACAUGAGCAAGCUGGCACUCGGCGCAAAGGUCCAGCGCGCCCUUGACCGCCGCAUGUCGAGCCAGGACGCCGUCUUCACCAACAAGGGCCUCAGCGAGAAGAAGAUCCCUGUCUAA